UUACGUACGGUACUCGUACGUACGGUACCCGUACCGGUAUGUUUCAGAGUAAUUUUGAAUUUGGAGAAAAAUGCUUCAUGACUUAUUUUUUCCCUUCUCAGAUUUGUUUCAAGAAAGAGCAUUAGACGCGAAUUAACGCGAAAGGAUUUGACCAGAACAAGCAAUUUCAAAAUUAGAAUAUGAUAUCCUCUAUCCCCCCAACUAACCCUGGAUUUGAAACUGCCAAGGCUGGUUGCAACGCCUUGGUGACCGGUUCUAGCGGAUUUGCUGGUUGCCGGUUGGUGGAAAUGUUGUUGGAGCGGGGUGCGAAAACCGUCAUCGCAUUUGAUAUUGCAGUUCCGAAUGCAGUUCAGCAGGAACGCUUUAAAGCUAUCCAGAAAAAGACUGGUGGGAAGAUCAUUAUUUUGUCGCAAACAGAAGGUGAUUUAUGCAGUGAUGAUGCCGUCGAUGCUGCCUUCAAAAAGGUUCCCAAGUUGGACAUUGUUUUUCAUAUUGGAGCAUUGGUAGGACCUUUUCACAAGAAGGAGCUCUAUUGGGAAGUGAACCACCGUGGAACUCUGCGUAUCAUCGAAGGCUGUAAAAAAUACAAUGUGAGCAAGCUGGUGUAUUCCUCGAGUCCUUCCACUCGAUUUAGGGGGGGGGACGUCGAGGGCUUAUCCGAAGACGACAUGCCUAUCCCAGACCAAUUCGUUGCAUUGUAUGCAGAAACGAAGGCAGCGGGAGAAAAGGCUGUUGAGAAAGCGUGCUCAGAUAGUCUGCUUACAAUAUCUGUUGCACCGCACCAACUAUACGGAGAAUACGAUUCUCUUUUCCUUCCAAAGCUUCUCGAGGCGGCGGGAUCUGGUAACCUGAGAGUUUUUGGAAAAGGAGAGAACAAAAUCAGCCUUUGUCACAUCGACAAUUAUUCUCAUGGGCUCUUGUGUGGAGCAGAUGCUCUCUACAAAAAUAGUCCAGCUUUGGCGAAAUUUUAUGUCAUCACUGACGACGAACCACAAUACUUUUGGAAAAUCCUCAACCAAGCAGUUAUUGCAAUGGGAUUCGCUGAUUUGUUUUCAAAGUUUCACUUGCCUGUAUGGCUCCUAUAUUCUGUCGCCUAUAUCUGUGAUUUUGUGUCUUUUUUGACGGGAAAACAGUUCAAGCUGAAACCCUUCACGGUCAAAAUGCUUAUUAUUCAUCGAUAUUUCAACAUCAAAAAUGCGAAGCGAGAUCUGCUAUACAAACCCCUUAUUUCCUUUGAGAAGGGCUGGCCAGAAACAAUCGAGUGGUUCAAGAUUAAUUGGUUGCCUGAAUAUCAAAAGGUGGGCACAAAGAAACUCUAAUCAAGCUUUAUUUGUUUCUUGUUCACGUCAAUAUGAAGCAUCCGGACAGAGACGACGCGGACGUUUAAGUGAUUUUACUAAUGAUGAUAUUAAGAAGAGUUAAAAACAUUGCACAACCCUAUACAAAUUUCUAACC